UUAGCGUUUUGUCUGGUCCACAAUCUUUUUCGAGUGAUUAUUGUGGAGUUAAAAAAAAAAACAAAAAAAAAAAACAAAAAAAAAAAAACACUAGCUUUUGGGCAAGAUUGUAUUUUGUAGUUACUGCCUCUGGAUUGAAUUACCACAGUAUUUGUGCUAGUCUGUAGUUCAUGUCGAUGUUCCCUUUUAUUUAUUUAAUGUAAACUUGCAGUUUUUGUAGAGGCUUUGUAUUAGGGUAAUUCCUUUUCUUUCUCUGUGUAGUACAGAUGGGUGUGGUGGGUUUGUUGGUAUCCACUGCAGGUACAGGAGCUGUUGUAUACCUCAUUUCUAACUCGUGACAGAGUAAACUUGCUUUAAUCUUCUAAAACCCCCUCAGAGAUGCUUAUUCAUGCCCGCUUAGUGUAUACUUUGUAAACCUGGCUCGUAUCAGCACCACAUGGCAGUACAGUUAGUAAACAUAACAAAACACACAAAUGUCUUGUUUAAAAGGGACAAUUGCAAUUUGAGUUUUCAUAAUUUUGGUAUACCUAAUAGACACUUUGACUCCCUUGGCCCAUAUAAUGAAAUCUGUAACUUACCCUAGCAAAAUUACUGUACUGAAUAACAUUGUUUCUUGCAGGCAUGAACUCCCACAUUUUAUUUAUUAAGGAACCACUUUGUUACCAAAUGUAUACUAUUGGCACUUUUUUGUUAUUUAAUUAUUUGAGCAUUUGUUAUACUUAACCAAAAAAACACACAUCCUGACACAAUUUCUUCACAUUAUUUUGACAAUCCUUAAUCCAGUUUGUUUGAAUUCUUUGAAUGUAGAUGUUUGUAUAACUGUACUGCCAUUUGGCCUUGUAAUAGGCUAGAUAUUUCCAGAUAACUUCUUAAGAGAACCAAAGACUUCUUAAUGAUUGUAUGAACUAAACGGUCUUCAGCCCUACAUCAGCCUUUAUUUUAAAGUGACACCUUUUUGUUUAGUAUGCAGAUUCUCUCACAGUUUCACAACUUUAUAUAGUCUUAAUUUGCUCCUUUAGGCUACAUAAAUUGAUGCUACUGUAAACAGUUAUUGGUUUAAAAGGCAGCAAGCAAAGGUUUAUGGCAUUUAACUGUCUUUUUAUAAAUACAUUUUAAAACAAAAAAUCUGCCUACAAAUCAAGGAGAAAGGCCUUCACUAUAAAAUGAGAUGGACCUCCAGGUGCUUUGUGAUUGGUUGAGGGACUGGAGACACGGGAUGUAAUUGGCUACUCUGAUGGGUGCUUAUAUUAACCCUUUGUGGGCUGGGUGAUGUGAAUUAAUACACACUGAGGUAUUCUUCUGAGCGCACUGCAAGUGCUUAGGAGAUGCUGUUCUUUUUUAACUGCUAGCUUUUUUUUCUGAGGUUUUUCCUUUUUCUUCUACACUGUUCCACUGUGCAACUAUGCAUUGUAGUCCUCAACCUUGUGCUAGAUAGAUGUCUGUAAAUGUUCUUAUGCAUUGAAAAAUUAAGGAUUUUUAACAGAUUUUUUUAACCUAGUGGGGGGUUGUGGGAUCUUACAAGCCCUAUCCCAAAGCAAAAAUCCAAAUAUUAAAUGUUCGCCUGAUGCAGAUACCAAAGAUUUGUUUCUUCUUGCAAAACCUUAGGCUUGUGUAUUAAAUGCAGUUACCCAGCACUUGCAUUAGUCUAACCUCAGUAAUUCCAAAGCUUAGAUGUAUAUUUUGGUAUAUUUCUGGGAUAAUUAAAAGGUUUUGUGUUUUAAAAUUCUUGUUUGUUUCGGUGUAUUGCUCUCUUCAGUCAUAGCAUGGAGAAAAAAAAUACUUAAGUCUUACUCUUAGUAGUUUAAAAAUAAUAGUAUUUUUGUAUGUUUUGGGUGUGUCAAUGUAUGUGAUAACAGUUUUCACUGCCCAGUUAUUCAUGAUUAAGAAGUGUACAUAUUAAUUCAGUUGUAGAUUUAACAUGAUGUGCAUUUUGUAUAAAUUGCAUUCACUGACUGCAGUUAUCAGUUGAAGAACUGUAUCCCCUUUUUAACCCGAAUUUUGACAAUGUACACUUUUGUUUUGUGUAAAUUUUUCUGUUAUUUUUAAAACAGUAGCUUUUUAUGUUUAAAAAAAAAAAAAGAAAGAAAGAAACCCCUGGGGAAAUAUUUGGAAUUAACCUGAAUUUUCACACAAAA